GUGUGGCGGCCCCCGUCCGCGUGCUCGCCAUGGAGGUCCUGCGCCGCUCCUCGGUCCUCGCCGCCGAGAUCAUGGACGCCUUUGAGCGCACGCCCACCGACAAAGAGCUGGUGGCCCAGGCCAAGGCGCUGGGCCGGGAGUUCGUGCACGCGCGGCUCCUGCGCGCCGGCCUGGCCUGGAGCGCGCCCGAGCGCGCCGCGGUGCCGGGGGGCCGCCUGGCGGAGGUGUGCGCUGUGCUGCUGCGUCUGGGGGAUGAGCUGGAGCAGAUCCGGCCCAGUGUGUACCGCAAUGUGGCCCGCCAGCUGCACAUCUCCCUGCAGUCAGAGCCUGUGGUGACUGAUGCGUUCCUGGCUGUGGCAGGCCACAUCUUCUCAACAGGCAUCACAUGGGGCAAGGUGGUGUCCCUCUACGCAGUGGCUGCAGGGCUGGCUGUGGACUGUGUACGACAGGCCCAGCCUGCCAUGGUUCACGCCCUGGUCGACUGCCUGGGGGAGUUUGUGCGAAAGACCCUGGCUGCCUGGCUGCGGCGGCGCGGUGGAUGGACUGACAUCCUGAAGUGCGUGGUCAGCACCGAUCCCGGCCUCCACUCACACUGGCUCGUGGCCGCGCUGUGCAGCUUCGGGCGCUUCCUGAAAGCUGCCUUCUUCGUACUCUUGCCGGAGAGAUGAGUGCCUGCCUGGUACCCUGUGUCCGACCUGGGAACCCUGUGGCACCCAGACAGCCUGUCCCCCUCCUGAGCCCCAUGCCUAUCCUCCUCGCAGAGCGUCUGCCCAAGACCCAGGGGCAGCCCUGGGCCUUGCCCCAGAAAGGGCCACAGCAGGAUGUGAGCUGGCCUUGGUCUCAGGGGCAGCAGUCUGAGGGCCUGUGUGCUGGCUGCUGAGCCUGAUGCAGAGAAUGCAUCUGCCAUGAGCGGGACGGGGUCCUGGUGUGGGGGCAGGGUGUGGGGCUCUAGCUGUGGACAGGAUGGUCUGUGGGAGCUGAGCCAGAGGCUUUGUCCCCUGAGGGCGAGAAUGACUCAUCUGUCCCUUGCGCUGCCCUCAGGACUGAGAACUCAGACACUGGGAGCCUGGCCCCUCAGAGCAUCGGAGGCCUGACUCCCCCGACCUUCUCCUCAGUGUUGUUUCCCAGGCAGGGCACAUGUUAGGUCCACAGACCCUGCCAGCCAGUCCGGCCCAAGUGACAUGGCACUGAGGAGGGCAUGUGGCCAGAGCUGCUUCCUCCAGCUCCCUGUGCCCCCUGCAGACGCCCUGUCCCCCUGCCAGGCUGUGUGCUAUGGGGGCCCAUGCAGCCCUGGGUCAGUGGCAGGCAGGCCCGGGGAGGGAUGCUGGGAAUAAACUCCAACUUGUUCUCAUGUUA